GACAAUGAAUCCUCGGAUUCUGAUCCUUCGCUAUCGUGCGUCGCCCCUCUAUCCGAUUCGGAAGACUACAGCCUGGAUGACUUUGAAGACGUGGAAAUCCCUAUCGAGCCGACCAAUUUCAACCCCAACACCAAUCUCAACGAACCGGCUGCCCCCGGCGCCGUUAAUCUCACAUUUAAGAAGCCUACACGGGAAAAGCCGGCGAAACGCACCCACGUAGUGCCCAAGGAGGAGCGCAUGUUCCGGAAGCGCGUACACAUGAUGUACGUGGUGGCGAUGGUAGGCUAUGGGUAUCUCCGAAACCAGUGGUGUAACAGCCGCGAGCUCCAGGCGCAGCUCAAGCCCUUGAUCAAUGCUGAGAUAAUGCGGAAAUUGUAUCCAGACAAGACGCUCAUCUCGCUGAUGCGGUCGCGCAAGUUUCUUGACGCGCUUCUCCAGCUCGCGCGCAUGUGGGGCAGCCGGUUCCGAGUCGCCUCAAACGGAAUUAUGCGCACGGACUGGGGAAAUCUCUCAGAAAGGCCACCGAAAACCGAUGCAAACAUGACGUUUACGAAGUUUAAGCACUUGGUGCAGUCACGGCGGGGGUCACGGGACAUAGGAGCGCAAGGAUUUGUGGCCUUGCUCCGCUCCGUGAAACUCAAUGCCCGGCUAGUGUAUUCGUUGCAGCCCCCUGACUUUACAAACCUCAAGUUUAUUGAGAAAACCAAGCCCGAACCAAAUGAAGUAUCACGGGAAUCGAAGAGUUCCCUCCUCCAAAGGAUUCGCUCGGGGCAAAGUCGACCGGCUACUGCGCUGACCAUUUUGAAAUCGCCGUGCCCGAUCAUCUGGGUGGAGGUGUGGAACCUGCACGCGAAGCACUGGGUCACGGUAGAUCCGGUAGUGCUACAGAUGAUCGAAACGGUGGGUGUUCGGUCCAAGCUCGAGCCCGGCCCUAGUGACCCAGCAAACCAGGUGACGUAUGUCGUGGCGUUUGACAGAGCUGGCGGUGUACGAGACGUAACACGACGGUACUCGCAGCAAUACAACGCCAAGACACGAAAAAAACGAAUCACCAAGACCGAGACGGGCCAGGAGUGGUAUGAUAGCGUGCUUACGGCGUAUUGCGCUCUCAAGCGAAGGAAAUCGACCCAGAUCGACGUGUUCGAGCAACAAGAAUUUGCAAAGAGGUCAUUACAAGAGGGCAUGCCCAACUGUGUUCAGGAUUUCCGCUCCCACCCCGUCUAUUCCUUGGAGACGCAGUUGAAAAGUAAUGAAAUUAUCUUCCCUAGAGAGCCCUGUGGGACCUUGAGACUCAAGGGGAAAAGGGCGGGAAACCACGGCGACGUGGUGCCGGUGUACAAACGUGCCAAUGUCCAUGUGGUCCGAUCAGCCAAGGCUUGGUACAUGAAAGGACGGCUUUUGAGAGUAGGAGAACAGCCGUUAAAGGAACGGGAAAAAAGUAAUGUAGCUAGAUCCAGGGCCAAGGCGGAUGACCUGGCUGGUGAAGAGGAGGUAGGGCUAUAUGCAGAGUACCAAACUGAGUUAUACGUUCCGCCUCCGGUCACGAGUGACGGCAAAGUGCCUAAGAACUCGUUUGGGUCAAUUGAUGUGUACACGGACACGAUGGUCCCCGAGGGAGGAACGUUGGUUUCGUCCAAGAAUGCCGCCGUAGCGGCCCGCAUCAUGGGCAUCGACUACGCCAGUGCCACUGUAGGCUUUGAGUUUGCCAAACGCCAGGUGGUGGCUAAAACCGGUGGCAUCGUCGUGGCGUCGCAGUUCUGUGAAGCGUUGCAGCUCAUCGAGGAGCACCUUGGGUUGGAGGAGGCUGAAGAGGAGCAAAAACGGAUGGAAAUGGUGGCGUUGAGCCGGUGGCGGUUGAUCUUGGCCAAGCUCAGAAUCGUGCACCGUUUGAACGCGGACCAUGGCGAUGUCACUGGGGGAGCCCACGAAACCGAAAUUGUUGCAGGCGGAUUCAUCCCCGACGAAAUAUCUGCUGGUAAUUUUAUAGUGGAUGAAGCUCUGGCUGGUGGAUUCAUUUCUAAGAGUAACACCGAAUUUCUUGCAGGUGGGUUUAUCCCCGAAGAUGCCGAGUCGCUGACUGGUGGAUUUUCCCUAGAUGGA